AACGUAGAAGACUAUAAUGGCGUGUAUACUGUUCCAGGUAAAGGAAGACGAAGAGCAUCGGAGAGUCCACGACGUCCAAGAAAGAAACGCAAACAUUCCAAGAGCCCAAACAUCCUCCACGGUGUAGUCCAGGACGUUCAGACUGGUCUCAAUUCACGUUUCGAGCUCCUCAGAAUGGAUGGCGACCAAGAUCUCGCAUUGAUCAAUUUUGAAAGGACUCGAGAAACCCUCAGCGAUUCCUGCGAAUAUCCGCAGUUGCACCGAAGUGCCUGCUACUUUUCCCAAAGUACAGCUCAAUUAAAGAUCCACUACGACAACGACGACAAUUACGUGGCGUUAAACGUAGCGGACGAUUUAGAAGAAGAAAUUCUGAGCGGCAUCGAAAAGAUCGAGGAACCUCGUGAAAAGUAUCAUCGGCCCCGCAAAAAGCGAAAACGGAAACGGCAUAAGGUUAUCAACGCGGGUCCUCGAGAAGAGCUCGUCGAUCCCGAAGAACUUCCUCCACGCGCACGUUGGACGAUCGUUGCGACUGCUUGCCUUCUGCUCGCCAUGUCUUUGCUGUUGGUCGGAGUAACCCUGAGGAUGGCACCGAUUAUAGACGAUAUGG